AAAAGAUGUCUGCCUGACUUAUGAAUCAAGAACCGUGAGAAACAACCUGAAUGCAAAUCUUGUUUAGGUGUUUAUCACUUUUUGUUUUUAGGUCCCAACAAGUUGCUUGACUACUUUUUCCGAAAAGAGCACCAUGCCAGGCCUUUUGGACCGGCCCAAAUUGACACAGGCGAUGGCUGCCGCACUCAAGCAUCACAUACUGAAGGAGCGGGAGCGCAAACGUCAAGAAGAGGAAGAGGCGGAUAAAGCAAUCGAGAGGAAGCGAGAGGAGCAGGAACGGCAGCAAAAGAAGGCAGAGGCCGAGUCGUUAUCACUCGAGGAAACAAAAGAACAGAUUAAGUCCAUGGAGGACAAGCUAGAGUCUCUUAAAACAGACAAGCAUGAGCUCUUUCUGCAACUCAAGAAAGUUCUUAACGAGGAUGAAAACAGACGGCGACAGAUGAUCAAGGAAAAAAAUGAACGAAUGGCUGCCAUGGGACUGCAGUACCAUCCUGCAAUGCAUUUGCAAGGGCCCCACAUGAUUGUUCAGGGUGCCCAUAUGCAAACCAGACCAGGCAUGAUGGAUAAAAGCCAUAUGUACAGAACCGCGGCCGCUCCACAGGGUGCUGCACAAGGAGUACAUGGAGUGAAGAGGACUCGUAGUCCGUCUCCACCUGUCGUUGAGCUUUACCCUCAGCAUCCUGUCCAACAAGGUCCAUAUGCGCAGGGUCCUUACGGGCAGACGCAGGCCUCCCACGGCCCAUACAGGCAAGGCCAUCAAGCAUACACCACAUCUCAAGCCAAUUCCAGCUACGUCAACCAGUCGGCGUCUGGCUACCCACCUGGCCAGCAGCCGGUGCAUGGCGGGUAUGCGGCAGGCAGCCAAACCAAUCCAGGCAAAUACCAGCAGGGGAGGGAUUCGGCGUUCAGUUCCUACCCAGGGUUCAAUGUUCCCGUGCAGCAGAAGGGGAUGCCGGAGUCUUACACCCAGGGUUAUCAGGUUCAACAACAGCGUUAUCUGCACGGUGGCCAGCCAGCUCCGGCAGGGAGUAUUUCUGUACACCCCCAGCAGACAGUGGAUCCGUCCGUGAAGCAAGGGGCCUAUGCUGAGGAUCAGGGUCAUUACCAACACAAGCUGCAGGGCCAGCAUGUUAGACAGAUCGGCAGUGCUCAUCCCCAGUCCAUCCACGCACAGCAGGCGUUACUCUCACAGUCACAGGUUCAGCCCCAGGUUCACUUACAAGCACAGCCAGGAAAGCCCAGUAUGUCGUCUAACUACCCUCCAAAGAGGAAGCAAGAAUCUAUGAUGUAUCAACAUAAGAAGCCUUCUCAGCAGCACCAACAGGCACAACCACAGCAGCAUGCGACUAGUUAUCAAAGUCCCCAGCAAGCUCAACGUCACGGCAGCUACUCAACAUCACAGACCCAGAACCAGCAAGGCAGUGGUAGAUACUAUGUAUAACAACUCAUGUCUUCUGGAUUUUAGAACUAUCACUCCUCGCCAGCCAGUUGCUUUUACCAAACUCUUUCUUUCGUAGGGUUUAGGACGAGUUAAGUCUUGUAACCAUAGACAUUAGGGUGCAUUGAACCCAUCCUUAGUUAGGACGAGUUACUCGAGAAAAGGAAAAGGAAAGGAUUCCGUUUAGAGAAAUAUGAUUUUGUUUAACUUUUCAACCCAAAACAUAUGAAUCUGAGAAACGAUUUAUCUGAGAUUCCUAAAGACUGGUUUCUACUACCGAAGGGCACAUUCACUUGAAGAUCUUACAGUCUACGAGACAAGGGGCACCAAGGCCAAGACAGGGCAACACUUACAGAGAACUCAGUAGUUGUACCUAUAUUUCAUAGUGUUCUCUGUAACAAAAUAACUAAAGAACACUUUGCAUGCAUUUAUAAUUAAUGCAUGCUCAACUUUAUGUAUAAAAGACUCUCAAAGAGAUAUUGAAUCUGAAAAAUGUUGUGUUUAUUUAUUGUACAUAAAUUAUAAAUAAAGCUUUACUUAUUAUUAUAUUGCCAUAUAAAAAUGUAUUGCACAGUGAAGUCAAGGGGAGCCAAGUUUUGUAUAUGUUUGGUAACUGUGGAGUUGUUAUUGUAACAAAAAUAAAAGCCCUGUUUUCUUAUAGAUACCAGCAACUAAUGUUGUCUAUCUUACAAACUUAUAAUCCUUUGCUGCAGUUAUGUUAUUUUAUUUGCUGCAUUUGUGAAGCAAAGUUGUGAAGUUUUCUGAGACAAGGCAUAGGUCAGGUUUGCGGUAACUCUGUGUGAAAUUCUUGAGUAGUGUUGGUCCUGAAUAGAAGCGGUAGGUGACAACUUACCCACCCGUUCUAUAGUGAUAGUAAUAAUACUACCAUAAUAACAGUAACGUAGAGUCGUUAAUCACCGGUUCUUUUAUGCAUCAACUCUACUCAAAAGGAAUAUUCACAUGGAGUUAAACGCAAACCUCUCUUAUUUGAUGCUUGGCGUAAUAAUGGACAUCUGUAUGGCAUUGGUUUUCCUGAAAAAUGAAGCCUUAUUUUCUCGCAGUUACAAGUAAAAUACUUUCAUCUAUCCAGAAACUAGUGAACUGCACCAUUUAUAACAAUUGAUAGUUAUUACUUUGUACUUUUGCAAGUUGCUACUUUGAAAUAAAACAAAGGUAAAUAACUGUAA